UUCAGGACAAUUUAUCAAAUAUUCAGAACAAUUUACCAGCUAUUCGUAACAAUUUAUCAGCUAAUCAUAACAAUAUACCAUCUAUUCAUAACAAUUUAUCAGCUAUUCAUAACAAUAUACCAGCUAUUCAUAACAAUUUACCAGCUAUUCAGGAUAAUUCACCAAUUCAGAACAAUUUACCAACUAUUCAGAACAAUUUGCCAGCUAUUCAGAAUAAUUUGCCAGCUAUUCAGAACAAUUUACCAGCUAUUCAUAACAUUAUACCAGCUAUUCAUAACAUUAUACCAGCUAUUCAUAACAAUUUAUCAGCUAUUCAUAACAAUUUACCAGCUAUUCAUAACAAUUUAUCAGCUAUUCAUGACAAUUUACCAGCUAUUCAGGACAAUUUACCAGCUAUUCAGAACAUUUUAUUUACCAGCUACCUAG